AUGGUUCGCCUUCUCGCCGACGAUUUAAUGCUCUUGAGGGGAAAGACUGUCUCCAGUAAUGAUUAUUUGAUUAUAGACGUGGAGAAUCUGAGUGCCGAACCGGACUAUAGAGCAGUUAGGCUGAAGUGGAACUACUAUAAUGAACACAACCACGGGCUGACCGGCUUUAAAGUGAAAUUCUGUGAGAUAUCCGCCUGGAAUUCAAAGAUACGAUGCCGGGAGCGACAGCUCCGACUACUGUCUCCUCAGAGCCGCAAACUGUCGUCGCAUACGGCGCCCGACGACAGCCUACACGCCAUCCCUGGCCUCGACAACGACUCCAUAGUGGAUAAACUGAUUCGUCUGAACCGCAACUCAUACGAGGCCUCUAUCUAUGACCUAAGAAUGCUAACCAACUAUACGUUCAGUGUUAAGGCCGACUUCGAUAUGGCGGUCUCGCCCUACCAUCCCGUGUACGGCAAGAAUCCCGACCCCUUCAGACCGUACGCCGCCGGCGACGGCGAAGACUUUUAUCGCAACGGUGAAGGCUUUGACUCCGGUGUUGUCUCGGCCAAAACGAGUCGGUGUUUAGCGAACACAUCGGAUGUUGUGGUGCAAACCGGGCCCUACUUCAGCGGUAAGAUCACCGUCGAGUACGCCAACGACCAACGGUGCUCAGUGUAUGGCAACCGGACUAGUAUGCAGUCGGUGUACACCCUAACCAUCCUUCAUGAUGUGUGCGGAAGCAAAAUCAUUAAUAACUCGCGCAUAGAGACCAUGGUAAUGGUGCACGAGAACAGGGAGAUACUGACCCACAAUUCGCGCCGAUUCCUCGUGGUCUGCAACUUCGUACCCGAGACAUACACUCUGACGGCGUCGGUAGCCGUGCCCACACACCUACUCAAGCGCAAGCAUAAGACGGACGACUCGCACCAUCACACGUACCACAAGAAUCACUCCAUCGAAAGCAAUGUCAUACCGGUGUCCAAACCCAACGUCGACCCCAAUAACGAGAAUAACAAUAUCAUCGAUAAGAGCAAUGAUAUCUUC